GGCCCCACCACCCCGCCCAUGAGUACGGCGAAUGCGAGUGAAGCCGUGAGUGCCCACCGUGGUUUGGCGGGUCCGCUUCGCGCCAAGUCUAGUCUUUCUUCCGGCGCUGAAGAGCGCUCCGGUGGUCGGUAAGAGAUCGUGGUUGGUACGUCCGUCAGAUUAUAGACGUCAGCUAGCUUGAGGACUAGGCGGCAGGAUCUGUGCGGGAGCUACACGAAAUAGCAUGUGCCUGGCAUGAGUUUUGUGGUACCCGCGCGAGGACUAGAGACUUUUGUGGCGGUUGCGACCGGAUUUUUUUGACGGUGGUGUUAUUUUUCCCUAUUUAAGGAUUAUCCGUGUGUGCAGGAGUCCUUGAUAAUUGACUUGGAAUUGUAUUAUUUGUUCGUCGGUUUGGUGCAGUCGGGAAAGGGGACUUUUGGUCCCAACAAGGAUUUUUGAGUAAAACAUGAUGGAAUACCAACUACCCCCCCAACAACCCCAAGUGGCGAACACGCCCGUCGCCCCCGCCUCCGGCCACCCCAUUGCCGUGGGGGUGAUGCAGGGCACGCUCACGCACGUCCAGGCCGGCCUGCCCAGCUCCAACGGCACGCAGGACGUCCAGGAGGCGCAAAGAUGGACGCAGUACCAACAGUUGUGGAGACAGCACGUCUAUAUCAAUGGUAACAGUAAACCACAACAUGGCCAUGGACAUUCGAAUAUCAAGGACCUAGCUGGAACCAUCUUGGGAGAUGACAAAAAAGACGAUGGAGAACUAUGGAGUACAGUAGAAGCCCAGACUGCUUUCUUAGGGCCUAACUUAUGGGAUAAGACUUAUGAAUCAGACCUCAAAUACGUCGACUUGGACGAAUUUCUCUCCGAAAAUGGCGUAUCGAUGGAUGGACUGGGAACACACGGUGCCUUGGGUCCUCUGGGAGCCAGCCAUCCAGUACCUAAACGGGAACGAUCUCCUAGUCCGAGCGACUGUAUGAGUCCCGACACCAUAAAUCCCCCCUCACCUGCCGACUCAACGCUGUCGAUGAGCUCGAGUUGUCGCGACUUCGAUCCACGGACAAGGGUGUUUUCAGAUGAGGAUCUGAAGCCGCAGCCGAUCAUCAAAAAGUCGAGGAAACAGUUCGUGCCGGACGAUCUCAAAGACGACAAAUACUGGGCGAGGAGGAGAAAGAACAACCUGGCGGCGAAGAGGUCGCGGGACGCGCGGCGGAUGAAAGAGAACCAGAUAGCGCUGCGAGCGGGCUAUCUUGAGAAAGAGAAUAUUGGACUUCGCCAAGAGUUAGAACGACUGAAAAAAGAAAACCUCAUGCUCCAAAACAAAUUGGCCAAAUACGAGGACGUUUAACUUUCACGGGGAGCGAUAGAUCCUAUUUGAUAGCAGUCUAGAAGCGGAAUCAUCCGAAAUAGAAAAUUAUCACUUCAUCGUCUCUAAUUUUUUUUCUGUUUUGAAAGGUCCUUAAAAAUAUUGAAAUUUAUUUGUGUACGUACUUUGGCAUUUCUUUUUUUUUCUUCUCGUAUUUUUAAGUACCUUUAGUUAC